UUUAAACCAGCCAGGCUUCUUGGCCUGGUCAGGUUGGUUUUAGAGAAGUUUUGGGGAGAAGUUUCGAGCUAGUCAUUUAAGAAUGUCUCUACAAACCAUGUCUGACGCUUUUCAUGUUUUUGACCUCGAAAGGAUCUUUUAGAAACAUGACAUUUUUGUAUCCCUCUCCGAAUCACAACGGGAUAUUAAUUGUAUGCCUCCCCUAGCGGAGACGAGGUAGAUUUACAAUGUCAAAUAAAAAAAACAGGGAUGAACGCCAUGUCUGAUCCCGCUGUUGAAGGGUAGAGAGAGCGAUUACAGCGGGCGGACUUCGAGGAUUCGAGUCGGAGCGCGGAAGCAAGCUCGAUGUCGGAGAGCGCGGCGAUUCCUCAGGGCUCCCCGGCGGUGGGCGCGGCGGGCUCGGCUCCGGCUGCUCCAGGUGUCGGUGGAACCGAGUGUUCGGGCGCUGCUGACGGUUCUGCACGUAUCGCCGUCAAGAAGGCGCAGCUCCGCUCCUCCCCGCGUCCGAAGAAACUGGAGAAACUCGGUGUAUAUUCCUCGUGCAAGGCUGAAGGAGCUUGUAAGUGUAAUGGCUGGAAGAGUCAAAACCCACCACCAACUCCGCCCCCUCCAACCCCACCCAGGUCUGAGCAGCCAAUUGCUGUUAACUUAAUGGAGCUGUGUAGAAGCUGCAGCCACGCCCUCGGUGACCAUGUGACUCAUCUAGAGAAUGUUUCGGAGGAGGAGGUGAACAGACUGCUUGGAAUUGUACUGGAUGUGGAGUACUUGUACACAUGUGUGCAUAAAGAAGAGGAUCCAGACACUAAACAAGUUUACUUUUCUCUGUUCAAAUUGCUACGGAAAUGCAUCCUGCAGAUGGGAAGGCCGGUGGUAGAAGCUCUGGAAAGCCCACCUUUUGAAAAACCAAGCAUUGAACAGGGUGUGAACAACUUUGUGCAGUACAAGUUUAGCCACCUACCUUCCAAGGAGAGGCAAACAAUUGUGGACCUCGCAAAGAUGUUCCUCAACCAGAUCAACUACUGGCAACUAGAGACUCCCUCACAAUGGAGGCAAAGAGCGCCUGAUGAUGAUGUGGCUGGUUAUAAAGUCAGUUACACCAGGUGGCUGUGUUAUUGUAACGUGCCCCAUUUCUGUGACAGUCUCCCUCGGUAUGAGGCCACGCAGAUUUUCGGCCGCACUUUUCUGCACUCUGUGUUCACUGUUAUGAGGAAGCAGCUGCUGGAACAGGCCCGGCAGGAGAAAGACAAACUACCACCUGAGAAACGCACUCUCAUUCUCACACAUUUCCCCAAGUUUCUGUCUAUGCUGGAGGAAGAGGUUUAUAGUCAUAAUUCACCCAUCUGGAGUGAUGACUUCAUGGUCCGUUUAUCAGGUGGACAGAUACCCACAGUGAUCAGUGCUCCACCCCCAACCCGCCCCUUGUACUACAGCAGUAGUCCCGCCCCAGUGGAGCUGGCUGGAGGAGGCAGCGUAAGCCCGGCCCGGAAAACAGCAUCCGCUUUGGAGCCCAAUCCAGGUGGAGAAAAGCGAAAGCCUUCUGAGCCGUUGUCUCAUGAGGACAGCAAACGACCACGUGUGGUCGGUGACAUUCCUAUGGAAUUAAUUAAUGAAGUCAUGUCUACCAUUACAGACCCUACUGCCAUGCUGGGACCAGAGACCAGUCUUCUCUCAGCUCAUUCUGCACGUGAUGAAGCUGCUCGAAUAGAGGAGAGGCGUGGCGUCAUCGAGUUCCAUGUCAUUGGAAACUCCCUCAACCAAAAGCCCAAUAAGAAGAUCCUCAUGUGGCUUGUUGGUCUGCAGAAUGUGUUCUCACACCAGCUGCCUCGUAUGCCUAAAGAAUACAUCACACGCCUUGUCUUUGACCCGAAACACAAGACUCUGUCUCUGAUUAAAGAUGGCCGUGUUAUUGGGGGAAUCUGUUUCCGGAUGUUUCCAACUCAGGGCUUCACUGAGAUUGUGUUCUGUGCCGUCACCUCCAAUGAGCAAGUCAAGGGUUAUGGAACUCACCUCAUGAACCAUUUGAAGGAGUAUCACAUCAAGCACGAAAUUCUCAACUUUCUCACCUAUGCUGAUGAAUAUGCCAUUGGCUACUUCAAAAAGCAGGGAUUUUCUAAGGACAUUAAAGUGCCUAAGUCUAAGUAUGUGGGCUACAUUAAAGACUACGAGGGGGCCACACUCAUGGGCUGUGAACUGAACUCCUGCAUCCCUUACACUGAGUUCUCUGUCAUCAUCAAGAAACAGAAAGAGAUCAUUAAGAAGCUUAUAGAGCGCAAGCAAGCACAGAUUCGGAAAGUCUACCCUGGCCUGUCCUGUUUUAAAGAGGGAGUUCGUCAGAUAGCCAUUGAGAGCAUUCCAGGAAUCCGUGAGACUGGCUGGAAGCCUUUAGUGAAGAGCAAAGAGCUGAAGGAUCCAGACCAGUUGUACAGCACCUUAAAGAACAUCUUACAGCAGGUCAAGUCCCACCAGAAUGCAUGGCCCUUCAUGGAGCCGGUAAAGAAGAACGAGGCACCUGGUUAUUACCAAGUCAUCCGCUUCCCUAUGGACUUGAAGACGAUGAGCGAGCGUCUGAAGAGUCGUUACUAUACCACACGGAAGCUGUUCAUGGCCGACAUGCAGAGGAUUUUCACUAACUGCCGAGAGUACAACCCUCCCGAAAGCGAGUACUACAAAUGUGCCAACCUACUUGAGAAAUUCUUCUACACCAAGAUCAAAGAGAUGGGCCUCAACGUCAAGUAAUCCAGCUAGGGGGCCAAGUAGUCUGUUUCCCCCUCUACCUCUUUUUCUCUACAUUUAUCAUCUAUAUAACUCAUCGCAUCAAAAGGAGGGUUAUCUGAAAUUAAGACAUUUGAAGGAAUAGUUGACCCCAAAAUUUAAAUUUGCUAAAAAUGUACUCAACAACAGACCAGCCAAGAUAGUUUCUUCAUCCGAAAAAUUUGGAGAAAUUUAACAAUACAUCACUCGCUCACCAGUGGAUCUUCAGCUGUAAAUGGGUGCCAUCAGAAUGAGAGUCUACAUAUCUGUUAAAAGCAUCACAAGUAACCCACACCAUUUCAGCUUAUUAAUUAACAUCUCAUGAAGUGAAAAGCUGUGUUUGUAAGAAAUAAAUCCAUCAAGGCAUCACAAAGUACUAAUUGCUGGAGUCGCGUGGGUUACUUGUGUAUUAUUGUGAUGUUUUUAACACCUGUUUGAAAUCUCAUUCUGACGGCACCCAUUCACUUUCUAUUAGUGAGCAAGUGAUAAAAUGCUAAACUUCCUCAAAUCUGUUCCGAAGAACAUAAUACACAUCUACAUCCUGGAUGGCCUGAGGGUGAGUACAUUUUCAUUGUCGGGUGAACCAUUUCUUUAAAGAGAAGUCUUUAGAACCUGUGAAUAUCCGCGUGACCGUCAUAUGUGAAAAGUCUUAAAAAUUCCUUCUGCUAAAACUACGGAACAAUUUUACUGUAUGUACGGUUGGAUGCGUUUGGAGUGCAUGUGUUCUUGCUAGUGUGUAUAUAAUAGUGAAAAUCAGUUUUUACAGAUACAUUUUAUGAAAAAAUUUAUAUUUUAUAUAGUAGAGAAGGAUGUGGCCUACAACUCAACCAAGAAAAAAUGACUCUAAUUAUCUAAUAUUGUACCUUCAAAGAGCUCUUAUUUAUUAUUAAACCUAAAGAAAUGGUGAUAACUACUAGUAUUGAGAAGAUGGAAGAUUCCUAAUCAGAAACUUGCACAUCUGUGGUCUUAACCAGAGCGUGUAUGUGACGUGGUGUAAUGAGGAACAUUCCCGGUCCAGUGAAAGAAAAUACUCUUAACAUGCUUCAUCUUUAUGGCUGUGCUUCUUAUGAAAUCAUACAGUCUUUGUAUGUAAAGAUGAAGCAUGAAAUGACUCGCACUAUAGUUGUUUUCUAAAAUAUUUGUAUUUUUAAAUACUUAGGAGAUGGGCUUUGUUCUACAUUUGGGGGAACGGGGAAUAAAACUAUUUUAAGGUCUUUGUACCUUUGCUUUUAAAGACAAAGCAUAUUUUAUAGAAUCAUUAAAUCUUCAAAGCAACUAAAAGAAAUGUCUACUUUUGUGUUAAGACUGUUUUAGUAGAGGGUAAUGUUGCACAAACUGCACAAAUCUUUUUUUUCUUCUUUUUUUAGAUACAGAAAUCAUCCAUUUCUUGAGUUGUUACAUGUUUAUGUAUAUUAUAUCAUUUAUUCGGAUGCCAUUUUUUGUUGACUGACCAAUUUAAGCAUGUUGCAGAAAAUGCAUGUCUGUUUAUGUCUUUACUAAAAAGAUUCAACAGACUGGAGUUCCUGGAUUUGUGCAAAACUUCCUGGUCUAGUCUAGCAUUUCACCAUGUAGCACAACGAUCUCAUUGGUGUUUCCGAUACU